CGACAGCUAGUAAUAUAGCAGUGUGAUUUAAUAAUUAGCACAAUUGGUGAACAGAUUUCAUAACUGUUUUAGAAUACUUGAAUGACGAACGAGGGUUGAUUACUAAAGAGAUGGUAAAAGAGAGUCUGAAAUGCGGUCGCGAGCUGUCACGCGCUGCGAAUAAGCGCGGUACUCAGCUGGCGAAGAACGGCGUAUGCUUGGACGCUUCCUCACCAGCACUCUUCCAUUUCUUCUCCGCGAAGCUAUCACCGGAAGCGAGGAAGUCGGCCGAAGUAUCCCACGAGUUGUUAACAGCUACCAAACUUCUGCAGAUGAAAGUGUGCUCGAGUUAUGAUAUGACACCGAACACAUUUAUGACGUGCUUAGAAGAUCAAGACAUCAGAAUUACUGAUGUGUCUUACUGUAAGCCGUAUAAGACACCAUACAUUAAGUCAAAAUAUCGAAGCAUAGAUGGCACUUCAAACAACGUAAAGCAUCCAGGCUGGGGACGGGCGGGUGCGCCGUUUUCUAGAAUUGCAGCUCCGAGAUACAGCGAUGGUAUCUACGCUAUGCCAUUGGCAGUGAGCGGCCGGCCACUGCCAAACCCGCGGACGCUGUCGACACAACUGUUCGCCGACCGGCCUGUCCCGAGCCGAACUCUCUCCUAUAUGAACAUGCAGUGGGGGCAGUUCGUCACACACGAUUUACUAUCACAGGCUAUGGAAGUUAAUGAUGAAGGAGGCAUUCAGUGCUGCUAUGGCAGAGGGCGUGACGUGCUUCCCCAGGAGUGGCAGAAUGACAAAUGCAUUCCUAUCUGUAUACCAGAUGACGACCCUUUCUACAGACAACAUGGCGUCCGCUGCAUUAAUUUUGUAAGAAGUGUUACAACGCCUAGAGAUGACUGCAGCUUGGGAUAUGCGGAACAGAUGAAUACAGUGACGAGUUUCCUCGACGGAUCUCCACUGUACGGUUCUGAUCCAGCACUCGCUUCUAAGCUGAGAGAGAGAAGCGGCGGUAGACUGAAGGAGAAGACUAGACCUGGCUGCAAGCGCGGCUUCCUACCGACAGCAGAUUCUAAGACUUGUGAUUUGCGGAACACGUCUGAUCCUUGUUAUCUUGCUGGAGACCGCAGAGUUAACCAAACCCCAACGUUAGCAGUGAUCCACACGCUGCUUCUGAGAGAGCACAACAGAGUUGCCGAUAUCCUGAGCUCUCUCAACCCACUGUGGACCGAUGAGAAGAUAUAUCAGGAGGCGAGAAAGAUAGUCAUAGCGGAGAUACAGCACAUCACAUACCAGGAAUGGUUGCCACUAAAUUUUGGUGAGAGCUACUUGCGGUACUAUCGUAUUGUGCCGAGCGCGCUUCAUACCCGCGACUACAACCCCGAUGUGAAUCCGGGCGUGGUGGGCUCCUUUGCGGCGGCCUUCCGCUCCCUGCACUCUGUCAUACCGGACUCCUUCCUCACCUGCCCCGCUACCUACCACUGCGCUUAUAUGUACAAACUAAGCGACCACUAUUUCAAUCCUGCACUAGUGGAAUCUUCCUGCGAGUCAUUAGAUGACAUCGUGCGUGGAAUUCUCAUGCAGAGCUCAGCGGAAUCUGAUCCUUACUGCACGCGGGAGAUCACCAACCUGCUGUUCAAGUUGAACAACCAGUGGGGGAUGGACCUCGUCGCUAUGGACAUACAGAGGGGGAGGGAUCAUGGUUUAGCAUCUUACAAUGAUUAUAGAGAGACGUGCGGUUUGAAAAGAGCAAAAAGUUUUCAAGACCUGACAGGAGAAAUACCUCAAGAUCGUAUAAACGCACUCUCUCAAAUCUAUGAGUCCGUAGACGAUAUUGAUUUGUUUGUGGGUGGUAUCAUGGAGAAGAGUGUCAAGGGAUCGAUCCUUGGCCCCACCUUCCAAUGCAUUGUAGCCGAACAAUUCUAUCGGACGAGGAUUGGAGAUAGAUACUUUUAUGACAACGGGGAAAUGCCUCAUUCGUUUACGCCUGAACAACUAAAAGAAAUAAAGAAAGCGUCUAUGGCCCGGCUAAUCUGUGAUAACACAGAUGGCGUUAGUUACGUGCAGAGGAAAGCGUUCGAGAUGGAAUCUGUGCAUAAUCCUAAGUACAGCUGUACAGAUUAUGAUGCUAUACCAUUUGUAGAUUUGACCGCAUGGAAAAGACCAAUACUUGAAUUGUAUGAUUGAAGUUUAAGUUAACUCUGCCUUUACAUAGACCAAGCA